GUGAUGAGAGAAGUUCUACCUUGUACCAAUUCCCAAAAAAAAAAAAAAUUUAAUUAAUUUCAGAGUCAAUUUUUAAACAAUUUGCUCAAAUGGGUAUUCGCUUGCCAUCAACAAUUCAGAAUUUAAAGCAAGUUCUGAAGCUCCAGUCUCUCCCCAGCACUAGACACCACUCGGAUGUCCCUAAAGGCCACAUUGCAGUUUAUGUGGGGGAGUUUCAGAAGAAGAGAUUUGUGGUUCCGAUAGCUUUCUUGAACCACCCUUCGUUUAGGGAGCUGCUAAAGAGGGCUGAGGAAGAGUUUGGUUUCAACCACCCAAUGGGGGGUUUGACCAUCCCAUGCAGAGAAGACACCUUUAUUCAUCUCACUUCUCAGUUGAAUAUUUCUUCAUGAAAUUGAAGAUC